AUGGUGACCUAUAUAACCCUGGAGAGGGCUGUCCACAUCGUGUUCCCUUUCAAAGGGACAGAAUUCUGCAAGCCUUCCCUGGGCAAGCUGGCCAUGCCAGUCUGUGUGAUUGGCCCUUUCGUUGUGAUGAGUUACCUGCCCGUGGUCACCCGCUUCGUGCCGGGUGUGGGCUGUGCCACAAGAGCCUACCCAGAGAUGUACUAUCACUUCGUCACUGCUACAGCCGGGGUCAGCAUGCUCCCUCUGACGAUCAUCUUUGCCUGCAACAUGACCAUCGUGGCUUCCCUUCAUAGACAGAAGGGCAACCUGACCUCUGACCCUAAGAGAUCCGUCCGCUUCCGGAGAGUGACCAACAUGAUCAUCGCGGUGUCUGUAGCGUUCCUGGCCACAGUGUUCCCGCAGGCCGCCAAUGCCCUGAUGACCAUCAACCACCCGACCUGGGCCUGGCUCAGGGUCAGCGAUGACGUCACGGCCAUCCUGUGGGAGCUCAACUACGCCAUCAAUUUCUACCUGUACAUCAUCACAGGCCGCUCUGUGAGGCGGGAAAUCAUGCAGAUCCUGUCGUGUGGCCGGGGACAGACCAAGGGAGAGGAUCGAAAACAGCAAGCGAAGGGAGAGGACUCGAAUAAAACGUCCACAACAAACACUUAG